CAUUACACAGUAACUUCAGACACAAAAUGAUGUACAGAUCAGCCAUGGAAGGGAACUUUAUGCUGCAUUUUUCCAUAACUAAAACUGCCCUCUUCUUCUUCUUGUUCUUCUACUGUUUCACUGCGCCAGUGCGUUCCGACGACGCUCAGGCGCUGCUAGCUUUCAAGGCUGCAAUCAUUUCCGACCAGAUGGGGUCUCUAACCUCAUGGAAUGAAACAGUGCACCACUGCACCUGGAAAGGUGUCGCCUGCAGUCCGCGCCACCGCGACAAGGUUGUCUCUAUAAACCUCAGAUCUCAAGGCCUUGUCGGAACCCUUCCGCCCCAUCUCGGAAAUCUUACAUUCCUCAGGGCUAUCAUUCUCCAAAACAACACCUUCCAGGGCCAAAUCCCUGACGAGAUCGGCCGCCUCAGGCGACUCGAAUAUAUAGAGUUCAGCAAUAAUUCAUUCACCGGUGAGAUUCCAGGGAACCUGUCGGAAUGCAGGAAUGUUUACUACCUUAAUUUGAUCGGGAAUUCGCUGACAGGGAGGAUAAGGCCUGAGCUGGCUUCUCUAGUCAGGCUUCAAGCUUUUGGCUUGUCCAAGAACAGGCUGUCGGGGACUAUUCCUUCCUGGAUUGGAAACCUGACGUUCCUGGGUCGACUAUCCAUGGCAGAAUGUGGCCUGGAGGGACAAAUCCCUGAAUCAUUUGGCCGUCUUCGAUACCUGAAAUUGCUCCAGCUUUCUCAAAACAGGUUGACAGGCAGCAUCCCUCCAGGGAUUUUCAACAGCUCGAUCCUUGAGAUUUCGUUGAGAUCUAAUCGUCUGGAGGGAACCAUUCCCCCUGAUAUUGGUUAUACACUAACUGAUAUCAGGAAUCUUAAUUUGGGGGAAAACAAUUUGAGCGGAGAAAUUCCAGGUUCGCUGUCGAAUGCUUCUUCUUCGUCCCUGUCUGCAAUCAAUCUGUCUUCCAACAAAUUUUCAGGGCCAAUGCUGAAAAGCUUCGAAAGGCUUUCAAACCUCGAGUACCUCUUCUUCUCAGCCAAUAAGCUUUAUGGUGAUUUUGAGUUUAUCUCUUCACUGACAAACUGCACCAAACUGAAAGUUCUUGCAGUCAGUGUAAAUCUUCUCAAUGGUACAUUGCCUGAUUCGAUUGCCAAUCUUUCCCGGCAGCUAACAUACUUAUCCUUGGCCGGCAAUGGAAUGUAUGGAGGAAUUCCUUCAGGCAUUGAAAAUCUUGUUAACCUCAAUUUCGUAAGCCUCAGGAACAAUUCACUUUCUGGCACCAUCCCUUCAUCCAUUGGCAACCUUGUCAAGCUGCAAACUCUCUAUCUUGAAGUCAAUAAACUGACGGGCGAUAUACCUCAUUCGUUGGGAAGCUUGAGCUUGAUGAACGAUUUGUUUCUCGGAUACAACAAUUUUUCUGGUGCUAUUCCUCAGAGUUUCAGCAACUUUCGUGAUUUGAUGAGGUUGGAUCUUUCUCAUAACAACUUGAAUGGCGAAAUACCACCAGCGCUGUUAAACCUUUCGUCCGGUUUCAUUUCCUUCAGCCUGGCGUCUAAUGAGCUUACAGGACACAUUCCUUCGGAAGUCGGGGUUCUGAGAAAUCUAGGAAACCUGGAUUUGUCGAACAACAGGUUGUCAGGACCUAUCCCUUCUGCAUUAAGCAGUUGUGUGGCGCUGCAACGCCUUCACCUCGAGGGAAAUUCCUUCGGAGGAGAAAUACCUUCAGGACUAAGAGCUUUAAGGGGUCUAGAAGAUUUGGAUCUUUCGAGGAAUCGCUUUUCAGGACCAAUUCCAAGUUUCUUAGGUGAGAUUCCUCUUUUGAAGUUGAAUCUAUCUUUCAAUGAGUUUAAAGGGAGGCUCCCGACUACCGGAGUGUUCCAAAACACGAGCGCGAUUUCAGUACAGGGAAACGAUGCUCUAUGUGGCGGCAUUGUUGAACUGAGAUUACAGCCUUGCUCAACGUCGAAUCCAAACAAAAGAAACGUUGCAAAGGUGCUGAAAAUAGUUCUCCCAGUUGGAGUUAUGUCAUCUAUACUUAUGGUCCUUCUUGGUCUGUUCAUUCACAAAGUUAAAGUACAGAGAAGAAGCAAGCCUUUGAUGCCAUCGUUGGACGGCAAAAUCAUGAGGCUAUCUUAUGCUGACUUGGUGAAAGCUACAGAUGGAUUCUCCAAGGCUAACUUGAUCGGUUCUGGUAGAUUUGGAUCUGUUUAUAAAGGAAAAUUAGCUGGCGGGGAGACAAUGGUUGCAGUGAAGGUUCUAGAUCUUAAUGUCCGUGGAGCUUCGAAGACGUUUGUAGCAGAAUGCAAUGCACUAAGAGGGACAAGGCAUCGAAACCUUGUCAAGAUAUUGAGUGUGUGUCUUAGCACAGAUCUCCGAGGUCAGGACUUUAUGGGAUUAGUGUACGAAUUCAAGUCCAACGGCAGUUUGGAGGAAUGGCUGCAUCCGGCACCGGAUGAACAAGAUACAGCAGCAAGAAGCCUUAACAUGAUCCAAAGAUUGAACAUAGCUAUCGACAUUGCAUCUGCGCUUGAGUACUUGCAUUUUGGCAAUGAUACAACUAUCAUCCAUGGCGACCUCAAGCCGAGUAACAUUCUCUUGGAUGAUAACAUGGUUGCAAAUGUUGGUGAUUUCGGAUUAGCCAAAGUUAUUUCGAAGAUAACAGAGGAGUUUCCUGCAGUUAUGUCUGAAAGUGGUUCAAUGGGAAUUAAGGGAACCAUAGGCUACAUUGCUCCAGAAUAUGGCCUUGGAGACAUGGUGUCGAUACAAGGGGAUGUAUAUAGCUUUGGGAUUCUACUGCUGGAGAUGUUCACGAAUAUCAGACCAACCAACGAAGCAUUCAAUGAACGUUCGAACCUUCACACUUUCGUAUGCAAUGCCUUACCAGACGAUACAAUGGACAUUCUAGAUCCUUUUAUUGCCCAAGAAAUCAUAAAUUCCCAAAAGGCUGAGAAAAGCAUGGUUUCAAUUCUGAAAAUAGGAGUUGCAUGUUCGAACGAGCUUCCUAGGGAUCGAAUGGCGAUGACUGAUGUUGUGACUGAGCUAAGCAAAAUAAGAAGUGCAUAUGUUGCUGAUGAAAGAAUGAGUUGACAUUACUUAAAAAUGACAGGGCAGUAGUAUCAUUCCAAAAUGAUGGAAACAGAUUGUUUAAUCAUGUUUUUAAACUUAUUUUCGUACUAUUCAAUUUAUUAUUUUUCCUAUGACUAUUAUUAUAUAUUGCCUGCAUGAAAGAUUUUGGA